AUGAAUUACCUUCUUCUAGUGGUUGGCUUUGCUCUCGUCGCUCUUCUCCGGGCAGUAUAUCGACGAUACAAUCGUAUCUCUAUUCGUCAUGUACCUGGACCUCCAUCGGAUUCUUUCUUUCUGGGAAAUAUGCGCGAAUUCCACCGCAGACCAGUAGCCGAGGCCGAUUUUAAGUGGCAGGAAGAAUAUGGCAACAUCGUCAGGUUCAAAGCAGCGUUUGGGGAGGAUAGGCUACUCGUUAUGGAUCCCAAGGCUUUGCAGUACAUCUAUCAAACCGCAGGUUAUAACUUCCCAAAGCCCAGAGAAAGGCGGGAAAUGUCAAGGAUCAUCUCCGGGAAUGGUAUACUCUCCGCGGAAUUGAAUGAUCACAAGAGACACCGUAAAGUUCUGCUUCCCGGGUUCGGCGGACCAGAAUCUCGGGCAUUUUGGCCCAUCUUCUAUGGUUACGCCGCUCAGUUGACCUCCAAAUGGAAAGAUAUCAUCAGUAACUCGCCAAACCAAGAAGUCGUAGUAGACAUCCCACGAUGGACAUCCCGUGCAAUGUUAGACGCUAUUGGAGAAGCUGCGUUUGAUUACCAGUUUGGGGCGAUGGAGAACGCAGAAACCCCACUCAGUGUUGCGGCCAAGACAUUUGGAUCCUUAACCGAUUCGGCGAUAUUCAUGCAGAAUCUAUGGGCGUACCUUCCUCCGCAGUGCCUACACUUCAUUUCCUACUAUUCUCCGGGAUUCACGCUCAAACAUGCCCGCUCGACUGAGAAGAUUGCGACGGAUGUAGCUAGGAAACUUGUCCAAACGAAGACCGAGGAACUACGUCACGGUACAGAAAACCGGGAUAUCAUGAGUCUCCUUGUCAAGGCAAAUAACUCUGAGAAUGAGGGAGCCAAGUUAACUGAAGACGAACUCUACGCCCAGAUGAGGACCAUCAUGUUGGCGGGCCACGAAACCACGGCGAACUCCACCAGCUGGACGCUCCUUGAGUUGGCCCGACACCCCGAAAUGCAGAAACGCCUUCGUGAGGAAAUAUGGGCAAAGCAACAAGCCUUGGGACGCGAGUUCGAAGCUAGGGACCUUGAAUCGAUGCCCUACUUGCAAGCUGUCGUGAAGGAAUCUCUACGCUACCAUCCAGUAGUACCUUUGACCCAGCGCGAAGCCGGGCGCGACGAUGCGCUGCCCCUUUCCAAACCUAUCACUCUGACCACGGGUGAAGUUCUGCACAAACUACCUAUUCCCAAAGGGCAGAAGCUCGCGCUUUCGAUUGCUGGAUAUAACAGAAACAAAGAUAUUUUCGGCGAAGAUGCACAUGUAUUCAACCCAGAUCGCUGGUUAUCUAACUCCCCUAAGAAUGCUGUCAACGUGGGCGUAUAUUCUAACCUGCUCACUUUCGCCGGUGGACUGCGCGCAUGUAUUGGCUUCCGUUUUGCACUGCUCGAAUUCCAGGCAUUCUUGGUAGAGCUCGUUGGAACGUACGAGUUCUCCCUUACUGCCGAAUCAAAGAAGAUUCGCCGAGAGCCAUGUGGUGUAAUGGCUCCUUUCGUCGAAGGGCAAACCGAUAAGGAGGCGCAUCUACCACUCAAAAUCACGCUUGCCACGAAAGGUGCGGAGUAG